GACACGGCUUCACUUAUCAUUCCAAAACCAGACGAACGUGCAGUCGUGACAACACUCUAUUCCGAAGAGUUUUUCCCGGCCGCACUUGCAUUAGGCCGGUCAUUACAAGACGCCACAAUCGCCGCUCGCCGUAUACUUCUUUACUUUUCGGACCGCAUCUCUGACCGGACACUAUGCCAAUUACGUGCAGGUGGCUGGGAACUCCGUCCCAUCGUGCGUAUCCCGCCUCCGAAUGGAGGGAAGGGGGUCCAUAAGCGAUUCUUUGACCAAUAUUCGAAACUCCAGCUAUGGACUCUGGACAAAAUCGGUAUCAAGAGUGUUGUAUAUCUGGAUGCCGAUAUGGUCGUUCGCCAGAAUUUCGACGAGUUGUGGGCACUGCCGUUCGAGUUCGCUGCUGUUCCAGAUGUAUAUGAGGAUAAUCGAGGCUUUGCGUUGAGUUUCAAUGCAGGGAUGUUGUUCCUGCGUCCUUCAACCGAUGUCUUCAAAGAUAUGAUGCAGAAUAUCGCGACAGCAGACUACAGACGACUAGACGCAGAGCAGGGCUUCUUGAACAUGUACUUCGCCUCACAGGUCGUACGACUGCCAUACAUCUACAACGCAAACCUUGUGAUCAAGCAACGCAGUCCAGCAGUAUGGCAAGCUAUUGAAAAGGACAUGCGUGUCGUACACUACACGAUGAUGAAACCGUUCCUGGAAAAGGAAAGACAUCGCGCAUCGACCGGACACUGGGAAGCAGAGCUGGAGCUUUGGGACGCAGCUUGGAAAAAUACAUUUAAGGAUAUACAAGGGAAGUGUUGA